AGAGUACACCAAGCGGAAGGACUUCAGGAUGGCGUGCUGGGAGCGGAUAGCGAAACCGGUCGUCGCUGCGUCUGUUGCCGACAACGUUUCCUCCGCCGGGGGAGACGCAGAAGGGAUGUACCUGGGCCCAGCCUCCCAGCAGCAGGAAGAGGCCCCGAACGCGGAGCGGGGCACCGCGGGUGGAGGCUGGAUCGUCGGAGACGGCACAUCAUCAUCGACAGCGGCAACGCCAAGGGCGGCGCCGGCAGAGAGCGACUGGGGGGCAGUCGAGGGAGACGGGGCGGGCGGCGGAGGUGGUGCUGGCAUCGAGGCCGAGACAGGAACCAUUCCGGAGGCCCCCCACCCCGCCUGUCUUCGGAGGCUUUACGGCAGCUUUCAGUGCGACCGGUCGGUGAUGGACGUGCUCAAGAUCGCCGAGGGACCCGAGGGCUUCGUGGAGCAGUUUGACCACCGGAGGAUGUGCGCGUUCGGCGUGGAGGUGGGCAUCCUCAGAAGGCUUCACUGCGUCCCUCACUGCGUAAGGGCGGAGGGGAAGGAGGCAGAGGCGCGGAGAGAAGAGGUGGACAGAGCGAGCCACCCGCGACGCUCACUGGGGGACCGCUUCGAUCUCGAGUACGUGCAACGGUUACUGAAUGGACGGCGGACGGAGGACGCGUUGUGCUGCUUCCUCUCCUGCUCUCCACAGGAGCUGACCGAGUUCGCCACCAGCGACGGAAGCAAGGUCUACCGACUCUACCCGUUUUGAUACUACUGCUGCAGUGUUUGUUGGUGUGCUGCUGUAGUACCCCGUGUUUCAUCUAAGACAUUUUGUGCUCGCCGCCGAAGUGAUGCAUGUAUAUGUAUAGCAGUCCAUCUCUCCUUCACUGCUAGGAGCUUGUUGUGCCAAGAGUUUUUAUGUACUUGAGUAUUAUUUUGUUUUUUGGGGUCCUUCUGGUUUGUUUACGGAAGAGUGGCGUUCUUGUGGGCUCCAACGGCAAGAACAAACACAUGUUACGUCGACAGUGAUCGCUGCUACUGGAGUCCUCCACCUACCUAGCGAAGUGACAGGAGCAGCAGUGCGUAUUACCAAGCGCUGCGUGCUUGAACUAUGUCUCUCUUGGAAUAAUUCACGCCUACAUUUUGGCUGCUGCCCGCCCCAGUGUGCUGGAAAGUCCGCGCUGCUUCGUGUUGUAUGUUGUGGUUGCAUCGCCACCACCGAAAUCCU